GUAGAAGUAGAAGUAUACAAAAACCGGAAUUGAUGCUCGCUCCCUCCCUCCCCACGACUCUCACCUCCACGCACUCACACAGACGCAGAAUCCAAGAAACGGCGUGAAAUCAGAUGUCGUCUACUGUGGAGAGCCUGUGGAGAUCAGUAACGGGUUCCAAUCCAGACCCCUCAGACUACUCGGGGAUUGAGUUCUGGUCCAACCCGGAGCGGGCCGGGUGGCUAACCAAGCAAGGCGACUACAUCAAGACCUGGCGCCGUCGUUGGUUUGUUCUCAAGCAGGGAAAGCUUCUGUGGUUCAAAGACCCUUCCUCCGCCUCCACUCCCGACGCCGUCCCGCGCGGCGUCGUCCCCGUCAACGAGUGCCUCACCGUCAAGGGCGCCGAGGACGUCCUCCACAAGCCCUUUUCUUUCGAGCUCUCCACUAGCCGCGACACCAUGUAUUUCAUCGCCAACUCCGAGAAGGAGAAGGAGGAUUGGAUCAAUUCCAUCGGCCGCUCCAUCGUUCAGCACUCCAGAUCUCUCGCCGACUCUGAGGUCAUCGAUUACGAUAGCAGGCAGGCGGUAGUUUAACAAGUUUACUUUGCAGAUAAACAUUGCGAAUCGAUGACGUUGCAAAAAUGCACAGUGCUGCUGCUAGUCAUUGACGCACCAAGUGUACCUGUUGUUUGAGACUCGAGUCAUCUGGCGCCGGGAGUCUUUUCUUUUGUUUUUUUUUUUUGGUAUUAGUUAACGUGGUAGAUGGUGUAUGGAAAUGUGUAUUAAUCGCAUAGAGUAGGUCUAGUUCAAGUAAUGGAACAGUGGUUACUGGUUCUUGUUAUUUGUCAAAUUUCUUUUCUUCAACUGAGAUGUCAUCACAGCUUGGAUGAAUCCGAAACUAAACAAUUUCCUCUGCCUUUC